GCAUCUGCGACUCUUCCAAAAGUCGGAUCGUCUGUGUACGUGGAGAGUGAGAGGAGAACACGUGCAUGUCUUUAGGGGACAUGGCAUAGAGAUCGUGUUUGAAUGUAACCAGAACGGGCUUGUGAGAGGUAAUCAGCUGUCCUGCAGCAUCCCUGACCGCCUGCAGGUCUAUUCACCGACCUGCGCUCAGCGUGUUAUGCUGCCGAGAGAGGAUUCAGGUGACGCAGAAACUACAGCGCCAUGGCAGCAGAGAUUCAUCCCCGUCCGCAGACACGAAAGCCCGUCCUGUUGAGUAAGAUCGAGGGUUUCCAAGAUGUGGUGAAUACGGCUGUGAUCAUCCCCAAAGAGGACGGUGUUAUCAGCGUAUCUCAAGACAGGACAAUCCGUGUGUGGUUGAAGAGGGACAGUGGUCAGUACUGGCCCAGUGUCUAUCACACAAUGCCAGUGGCGUGUUCAUGUAUGUCAUUUAACCCAGAGACAAGGAGGAUCUCUGUAGGGUUGGAAAAUGGCACUGUAUCGGAGUUUGUCUUAUCGGAGGACUACAACCAAAUGACUCCUGCACGAACAUAUCAGGGUGAAUUUGAUGUGGAGACCAGACAUGCCUUCGUUGGAGAUCAUUCCGGUCAAGUGACAAUCCUAAAGCUGGAGCAGGACAACUGCAGCCUGGUCACCACCUUUAAAGGCCACACAGGCAAUGUCACAGCCCUGUGUUGGGAUCCUGUGCAAAGGGUUUUAUUCUCUGGAAGUUCUGAUCAUUCAAUCAUCAUGUGGGACAUUGGAGGCCGUAAAGGAACAGCUUUUGAGCUGCAGGGACACAAUGAUAAAGUGCAGGGUUUGUGUUACGCUUCACACACCCGUCAACUCAUUUCCUGUGGCUCAGAUGGAGGAAUAGUUAUCUGGAACAUGGACGUCACACGGCAGGAGACUCCGGAGUGGCUUGACAGUGACUCGUGUCAGAAGUGUGAACAGCCGUUCUUCUGGAAUUUUAAACAGAUGUGGGACAGUAAGAAAAUCGGCCUGCGACAGCAUCACUGUAGGAAGUGUGGCCAGGCUGUGUGUGGAAAGUGCUCCUCUAAACGCUCCACUAUUCCUCUAAUGGGAUUUGAGUUUGAGGUGCGGGUUUGUGACAGUUGUCACGACUCUAUUACAGAUGAGGAACGGGCGCCCACUGCAACAUUCCAUGACAGUAAGCACAGCAUCAUACACAUGCAGUAUGAACCAACCCGGGGCUGGCUGCUCACCUCCGGGACAGACAAAAUCAUCAAGCUAUGGGACAUGACUCCAGUGGUAUCAUGAGAAUCCACUGCAAGCUGGAACUAAGAAUCAGUGCUGAACCUGAACUGAGAACCACGUGUUUGUGGAGAACGUUCAGAGUUCAGGUCACUUUCCAUGGGCAGCUUCAUAUCAUAGAGGAAAAACUCAAGGAUAUUGUGACAUUGAACCGAGCAUGUGCAUUUGUAUGUAUUUGUGCAUGUGCACGUGGGUUAUGGGAACAAAUGUGUAAAUAUUGUCCAGUCUGAAUCUGCUUAUUUCAGGUUGUUUAUAUUGACGUAAACCAGUGUUGUUAAUGUUGUCAAUGUUGUCUGUGAAACUCUUCGCACUUAUUCUAUCAUCAUCUUAUGUCUUAUCUCAAACACAAAUGAAUCCUCGUGACAUUGCAUCAAA